AUGGUUCUAGACCGUAGCAGUCCAGCAUAUAAUACGAUUCCUGUCUGUAGCAGUCCAGCAGAUGAUACUGUUCCAGUCUGUAGCAGUCCAGCAGAUGAUACUGUUCCAGUCCAUAGCAGUCCAGCAGAUGAUAUGAUUCCAGUCUGUAGCAGUCAAGCAGAUAAUACGGUUCCAGUCUGUAGCAGUCCAGCAGCUGAUAUGGUUCCAGUUCAUAGCAGUCCAGCAGAUGAUAUGGUUCCAGUCUGUAGCAGUCCAGCAGAUGAUAUGGUUCCAGUCUGUAGCAGUCCAGCAGAUGAUAUGGUUCCAGUUCAUGGCAGUCCAGUAGAUGAUAUGGUUCCAGUUCAUAGCAGUCCAGCAGAUGAUAUGGUUCCAGUUCAUAGCAGUCCAGCAGAUGAUAUGGUUCCAGUCUGUAGCAGUCCAGCAGAUGAUAUGGUUCCAGUUCAUAGCAGUCCAGCAGAUGAUACCAUUCCAGUUCAUAGCAGUCCAGAGGAUGAUAUGGUUCCAGUUCAUGGCAGUCCAGUAGAUGAUAUGGUUCCAGUUCAUAGCAGUCCAGCAGAUGAUAUGGUUCCAGUCUGUAGCAGUCCAGCAGAUGAUAUGGUUCCAGUUCAUAGCAGUCCAGCAGAUGAUAUGGUUCCAGUUCAUAGCAGUCCAGCAGAUGAUACCAUUCCAGUUCAUAGCAGUCCAGCAGAUGAUAUGGUUCCAGUUCAUGGCAGUCCAGCAGAUUAUAUGGUAGCAGUUCAAGUUUCUCAUUCACUACACUGCAAACCACAGUAA